AAUGCAGACUGGCGAAUCAGAUAAAUAUGCUGAAAAUGUUGAGAGGAGCAGCUGAUUCUUAUCCCUCUAGGAUAUAAUGUAUCUCACGUAAAAUAGCUGAGAUGAGUUAUUAUUAUUGCCAUGUUUUCUACAAAUGUGUAGCAAUUUCGUUGAAUAAUGUUUUCACUGAAAAUUUGAACUAAUUUAUAUUGUGUUGUAUUUACGUACAUCAUGAAUUUGCCGUUUAAACCAAAUAUUUCAAGUAAAAGUAAAAUAAAAUAUAUAUAUUUAAAUACACUCUUGGGAUUAUAUUGUUUAUUUUCAUUUCAAAUUAAAUUUUCACUUGGUGGACUGGAAAGGUAUAAGAAAUUUAUAUCUGAAAGCAAUACUAAAGAAUCUGAAAACAAGCUAUCUGAAAUGUGCGCUUUUGUUGCUGAUACGUCUUGCCAAAAAUGUAUAGAUUUAGCAGUUUGUUUUUGGUGUGGCAAAAGAAGUGAAAAUGCUGUUGGACAAUGCUAUGCCAUAAUUGAUAAAAAAGCUAAGUAUGAAUGUCAAGGUCAACAAGUAUACAAUAAAGGGACUUGUAGUUAUAAUGAUGCUGUUCAGGAAAAUGAAAUAAAAAAAAAGAAAAUUCUAAUUAAUCUACUUAAUUUGUUCAAAAAACUUCACUUUCUAAAUAAUAAUGAAAAAGAAAAAGGAGGGAACAUUUCUAAAUAUAUAACUUCUUUUAUUUCAGAGAGCAAAAAAAGUGAAUACCAUAUAAAUGCUAUUAACACACCGUUAAUAAACAUACAAAAUUUUACAAGAAAUUCUGAUAUAGAAGAUAAAAUAAUAUCUAAUAAUGUAACUAGUUUGCCAUUGAACUAUCAUGAAAUAACAAUUAACAACUCUUCUAUGUCUGAAAAUUUGUAUACACAUCAUUUACAAGACUGUUCUCAUUUGAAUAAUAAUGUUUGUGAGUUGUCAGUUUGUGUUUGGUGUGAAGCUUUAAAAAAGUGUGUUUUAAAAUCAGAGUUUCAACAAAAUCAAUGCAAUCCAAGUUUUUUAAUGCAAAAUGUUGUUAAAGAAACCAGUAUGUGUAGAACAAAAGUUUCUUGCAAAACUUGCACUGAGUAUGAAGAUUGCUAUUGGUGCGAUAAAACAAAGCUUUGUCAUUCUUUCAUUGAUGCGUCGCUUAUUUCGAAUGAAUGUUCAGAAAAGUGGUUCCAUCGUAGCUGUAGUAAUCAAUCAGUUAUUUUAUUUUUCAUUUUACCUGCACUUGGAUGUUUGUUGAUGAUGGGUGUUGGUUACAUAUGCGUAAAAUAUUGUUAUUAUCAACAGUUAAAACCAGUUGAAGUAAAGCUCGAGGAGCAACCCAUGCUUUUUAAGGAAAAAAAUGGACGAACAAUAUACCAAAUUGCAGAAUCAGAAGAAGAAGAUGAAGAUGAAAAAUCUAUUGCUGAAAAAAGCGGAAGCAUUUAUCAAAAGUUAGGGAAAAAUUAUCCUUCUGUAUGGUGAAUUUAAGGCUUUUUCAAUUUAAUUUUAAACAAGUUUUAAUGCUUAUUUCAUAAUAAAAAUAAGAAUACUAAUAUACAUUUUUUGUUUAACUAUAUGGCUAUUUAUUGUUUAACAUAUUUUUUUAGUUUUUAUUUACUAUUUGCUUUAAUAAUUCUCAAAUAAAAAUAGGAUGUAAUCCAUUAAAGUUUACAACUUUGUAUUUGUACAUUUAUUUAAUAUCUAUUUAAUUUUUUAAUGUUUUUCUGUGAAUUUUUUACUACUUUAUAAUGUGUGUUCAUUAAGAGAUGUAAAUAAAAAUGUUUUGUUUAUUAAUGUGUUCUCGUAAGUCCGUAUAUAUUUUGUUUUAUUACAUGUUAUGUUUUAUUUGUAAUUGACGGUGCUUAGAUCAUUUAACAUUUCCACAGAAUCCUAGCAAAAUGUAUGCAAUGCAUAUCAGUAAGACAUCGUAUGCACCACAAUCUUGUGUGGCUUGAAUGAUUUCUUGCAUAUUUUUUUGCACUUAUGAUGUUUAAUAACUCGGUAUAGUUCAUGCUAUAAUGUAUAACAGCUUUAAUAUCAUGUUAAAACAUUAGGUUGUUUGAAAAAAAAUGCAUAAUAAGUUAGCUUAAUGAUAAACAAUGCUUAUUAGUGUUAAUAAUAAUUUAAAUACAUAAUAUAUCUAACCUAAAUGGUAAUUUAAAUUAAUAUAUAAGGCGCGCUAAAGUAUCUCGUAAUUCGAAAAAAAAAAUUAUUUUUAUUUUUGGAUCAACAAAUAACUUAUUAAUAAGAAUUUCAAGUGUUUUUGUUGUUGCUGUUGUUUUCCAGCUUAUGUGUAAUAAAACGUGUUUUUCUAAAACUAUGGAAAAUAUAUCUAGUUGUUGUACUGAAUAAAUAGUCGUUAUCUCUUAUGUUAAAA